UCAUUGUUUGUUACUUAGAUAAUAUCAUGAACUGAUUAAAAGCAGGUGCUACCGCUCAUUCCCAAAGGCUGGCUUACAGACUAAGGUCAUAAGAUAUUAUGCCUUUUUUAGACUUGGCGAGUGGAGAGGAAAUGGGGAAAAGAAACGGCCUAGAGAAGUGACAAGGUCUUAGGGCCAAAAAUCUUUUCUAAGGGUCAAGGUUUAGGGCCUGCGCAGCUUCAAAGCAAUGCGAUCUCUGCCGUGCGUUCCCGCAUUCACAAAGGUCGUGGCGGUGGAAGCCGCAUUUCGGACUCUCCAAAAGUCCCUGGGUUCCUCUUUCCGAUUUGCGUCCCAGUGGGAAAUGCGUGAUGCGACCUUCCCCAUCAUUCUCUUCUCCCUUCGAGUAUAUCGCAUCAGUGAAAACACUAGGCUCGGAAACUCCAUUUCGUGUUGAGUGAUUUUAACUGGCACAACCUACAGGUUACUGUAACCCAGACUACACUAUUCUAGGUAGACAUGUCCAUUAACCAAUCAGCUGUCAGAAUCAGAGUCAGCGUCUAUUAAGUUCCUAGGUUCUUAGAGAACUGGAUGGGCGGGGUCCCAGCAGCCAGAGAGUUUUGUGGAGCCUUGACUGACGUAAGUCAACAAAGAUCACGUGAGACGAAUUGGUACCCUGGAUUGGCUUACAAGUUGCUGGUUGGAUGAAGGGAGGUUGCGGUGGUGCUUGCAGUUCGCCUUGUUAUACAAUUACAACUUUGUGCUGGUGUUCGCGAAGUUUGAGAUUUUUAAGAAAUUCUGCUCAUCUCUCCAGCCCCGCCAGCUGCUGCCUUCCUUGUAGUUUCUGAGAUGUGAUCUGGUAGCCGAGUCUCGCAGUCCGUGGUUUAGUUGCUUUCGGCUUUGCUUUAGCGUUUUUCCUUAACGCCGCUGAGGCGCCGAUACAAUUGUCGCCACGGUCUCGAACGUCGAUUUAGGGCGUCAUUUUAGCAAAUCGAUUAAGUUUUGGUAUCGGAAAUUUGUUACGUUUCCAUGAAUUCCUGCGGAGUAUCGCUCACUACCGCCGUUCUUGCCUUCGGUGAUGAGGCAAAGAAAAUGGCGGCGGGAAAAGCGAGUGGCGACAGCCAAGAGGAGUCCUUUACCUUGACACUUGAGGAAAGGCAGGCACUUGGUGGCAUGGACAGCCGCCUCUUCGGAUUCGUGAGGCUUCAUGAAGAUGGCGCCAGGUCGAAGACCUUACUAGGCAAGGCUAUUCGCUGCUACGAAUCUUUAAUUUUAAAAGCUGAAGGGAAAGUGGACUCCAAUUUAUUUUGCCAGUUAGGUCACUUCAACCUCUUAUUGGAAGAUUAUUCAAAAGCAUUAUCUGCAUAUCAGAGAUACUACAGUUUACAGGAUGACUACUGGAAGAAUGCUGCAUUUUUAUAUGGCCUUGGUUUGGUCUACUUCUACUACAAUGCAUUUCAUUGGGCAAUUAAAGCAUUUCAAGAUGUGCUUUAUAUUGAUCCCAGCUUUUGUCGAGCCAAGGAAAUUCAUUUACGACUUGGGCUAAUGUUCAAAGUGAACACAGACUACAGGUCUAGUUUAAAGCAUUUUCAGUUAGCUUUGAUUGACUGUAAUCCAUGUACUUUGUCCAGUGCUGAAAUUCAGUUUCAUAUUGCCCAUUUGCAUGAAACCCAGAGGAAGUAUCAUUCUGCAAAGGAAGCAUAUGAACAACUUUUACAGACAGAAAACCUUCCUGCGCAAGUAAAAGCAACUGUAUUGCAACAGUUAGGUUGGAUGCAUCAUAAUAUGGAUCUAGUAGGAGACAAAGCCACAAAGGAAAGCUAUGCUAUUCAGUAUCUCCAAAAGUCACUAGAGGCAGAUCCUAAUUCUGGCCAAUCUUGGUAUUUCCUUGGAAGGUGUUAUUCGAGUAUUGGGAAAGUUCAGGAUGCCUUUAUAUCUUAUAGGCAAUCUAUUGAUAAAUCAGAAGCAAGUGCAGAUACAUGGUGUUCAAUAGGUGUGUUGUAUCAGCAGCAAAAUCAGCCUAUGGAUGCUUUACAAGCCUAUAUUUGUGCUGUACAAUUGGACCAUGGCCAUGCAGCAGCCUGGAUGGACCUAGGUACUCUCUAUGAAUCCUGCAAUCAACCUCAGGAUGCUAUUAAAUGCUACUUAAAUGCAACUAGGAGCAAACAUUGCAGUAAUACUUCUACACUUGCUGCAAGAAUUAAAUUUCUACAGAAUGUUUCUGAUAACUGGAAUAGUGGCCAAAGUGUUUCACAUCAUCCAGAACUGCAACAACUUUAUUCGUUGUGUUUGACACCACAGAAAUUACAGGGGCUUCAUAAAAGUCAGAGUUCGUGUUUGUCAGGAACUACUGAAGAACAACUUCUGUUUUCCACUGGGUGUGCCCAGUAUCAUCAGGCAACUAGCACUGGUUUUAAGAAGCAGAAUGAACAUCUAACUUUGUGUAGUAAUUCAGGACCACAGAAGGUCGCUGACAGUCACCUCCCUUCUCAUAUUGCUACCUCAAAUGGACAACAAGGCAUUAUUUUUACCAAAGAGAGCAAGCCUUCAAAACAUAGAUCAUUGGUACCUGAAACAAGCAGACAUACUGGAGACACAUCAAAUGGCUCUGCUGAUGUCAACGGACUUUCUAAUCAUGUUCAUCAUACGAUAGCAGAUGUUGUUUCCGGUCCUAAUCAUGGAGUUUCACCAAAUUUAUUAAUUUCAGACAAUCCUCAGCUUUCUGCCUUGUUGAUUGGAAAAGCCAGUGACAGUAUGGGUACUGGAACCUGUGACAAAGUCAAUAAUAUUCGCCCAACUGUUCAUACAAAGACUGACAAUUCUGUUGUCUCUUUACCCUCUUCAGCCAUUUCCACAGCAACAUCUUCUCCUAAGUCCACUGAGCAGACAAGUACAAACAGUGUUACCAGCCUUAACAGUUCUCACAGUGGAUUACACACAGUUAAUGGAGAGGGGCUGGAGAACUCACAGAGUUCUACAAAAAUAGACCUGCCUUUAGUUAGCCACAGAUCUGCUUGUCAGAUCAUCCCAUCGAUGUCUGUCUCUAUAUGCCCCAGUUCAGCAGAAGUUCUGAAAGCAUGCAGGAAUCUAGGUAAAAAUGGCUUGUUUAAUAGCUGCAUUUCAUUGGAUAAAUGUCCACCUCCAAGACCACCAACUUCACCAUACCCACCCUUGCCAAAGGACAAAUUGAACCCACCUACACCUAGUAUUUAUUUGGAAAAUAAACGUGAUGCUUUCUUUCCUCCCUUACAUCAAUUUUGUACAAAUCCAAAAAACCCUGUUACAGUAAUACGUGGCCUUGCUGGAGCUCUUAAAUUAGAUCUUGGGCUUUUCUCUACCAAAACUUUGGUAGAAGCUAACAAUGAACAUAUGGUAGAAGUGAGGACACAGUUGUUGCAACCAUCAGACGAAAACUGGGAUCCCACUGGAACAAAGAAAAUUUGGCGUUGUGAAAGUAACAGAUCUCAUACUACAAUUGCUAAAUAUGCACAAUACCAGGCUUCCUCCUUCCAGGAAUCAUUGAGAGAAGAAAAUGAGAAAAGAACACAACACAAAGAUCAUUCAGAUAAUGAAUCCACAACUUCAGAGAAUUCUGGAAGGAGAAAGAAAGGACCAUUUAAAACUAUUAAAUUUGGGACCAACAUUGACCUUUCUGAUAACAAAAAGUGGAAGUUGCAAUUACAUGAGCUGACUAAACUUCCUGCCUUUGUACGUGUGGUGUCAGCAGGAAAUCUUCUAAGCCACGUUGGGCAUACCAUUCUGGGCAUGAAUACAGUACAACUAUAUAUGAAAGUUCCAGGGAGUCGAACUCCAGGUCACCAAGAAAAUAACAACUUCUGCUCUGUUAACAUAAAUAUUGGUCCAGGAGAUUGUGAAUGGUUUGUUGUACCUGAAGAUUAUUGGGGUGUUCUGAAUGACUUCUGUGAAAAAAACAAUUUGAAUUUUUUAAUGAGUUCUUGGUGGCCCAACCUUGAAGAUCUUUAUGAAGCAAAUGUUCCUGUGUAUAGAUUUAUUCAGCGACCUGGAGAUUUGGUCUGGAUAAAUGCAGGCACUGUGCAUUGGGUUCAAGCUGUUGGCUGGUGCAACAACAUUGCCUGGAAUGUUGGUCCACUUACAGCCUGCCAGUAUAAAUUGGCAGUGGAACGGUACGAAUGGAACAAGUUCCAAAGUGUGAAGUCGCUAGUACCCAUGGUGCAUCUUUCAUGGAAUAUGGCACGAAAUAUCAAAGUCUCAGACCCAAAGCUUUUUGAAAUGAUUAAAUACUGUCUUUUGAAAAUUCUGAAGCAAUGUCAGACCUUGAGAGAAGCUCUUAUUGCAGCAGGAAAAGACGUUAUAUGGCAUGGGCGGACAAAUGAUGAACCAGCUCAUUAUUGUAGCAUUUGUGAGGUGGAGGUUUUCAAUCUGCUUUUUGUCACUAUUGAAAGCAAUACUCAAAAAACCUACAUAGUACAUUGCCAAGAUUGUGCACGAAAAACAAGCAGAAGUUUGGAAAAUUUUGUGGUGCUAGAACAGUACAAAAUGGAGGACCUAAUCCAAGUCUAUGAUCAGUUUAAACUGGGAAGUGAUCGAUACGCUCUUUCAUUAUCAUCCUCAUCUUGAUAUCAUUCCGUGACUAUUAAAUGAGAUCGUUUCUGCUCUUCAGAAAUUCAAAACUUCUGCACCACUGGAUUUGUAGCCGUUUCAUAAAGCUGUUAACUAAAAGCUCUGUCUAUGCAACCUUUCAAGAAUAGUGUGUCAAGCAACUGGACACAGAGGGUACUGCCUCUACUUCGGGACUUACAUGCUGACCCAGCUGUCCUUCAGAAAAAUAAUAUUAAGCAUGUUUUGUGUAUACAUGACAAAACGGUCAAAGUGACACAGAACAGACUUGAAGAUGGCCUUUUUUUUAUGUUUCUCUCUUUCUGGGCUGAUGAUUUAAUUUUCAUUUGUGUUAUAACCCUGCAGAAUUUUCCUUGGUUAAAAACGCUUUCCUAGCUGGUCAAUUCUUUGUAAGAUAGCAAAUCUAAGUCUCUUCUCAAUCAACUUUUCUUUUCCAAUGUGAACAAUUAGGAAGCUUUAUGCUUUUUGUGUGUUUUGAGGACGUGAUGAUUACACUUGUGGUUCCAAAAUACAUUUUUUUUAAAUAUUACUAGCCCACAUACAAAGAUAAUGGAUUGCACGUAAAGAAAGAAAUAAACUUCAGAUUUGUGAUUUUGUUUCUAAUCCUGAUACAGAUUUACACCAUAUAUAAAAUCAUAUUUAUUGCUUGAAAAUAUUUGUGAAUGGAAUUUUUUUUUUCCCAGACUUAGCUGCCAUUAAAUGCUAAGGAGUCCUGCACUUUUAAGCACUACUCCUAUUACAUUUUCUAUGUGUAAAUAAAACUGCCUAGUAUUAUACAGAAAUUUGUAUUAAAAUUGUUAAAUGGUGCGAGGGUUUUCCAAUGUUUGAGUUUAAAAAAACUUCCUGUAAAAAUCCACUUUUUGUUCAUUUUCAAAUCUAAUGAUUCUAUGCUUUUUAUAGGUGUGUGUGUAAGUGUACGCACAUGUAUAAUGUAUACAGAAACCUCAAUAUAUAAUUGUGUAGAUUUUAAAAGUUUUAUUUUUUACAUCUAUGAUAGUUUUCGAGGUGCCUAUUAGAAAGUAUUACAAAAUAUGCAAUUUUUAAAGUAAAUGUCUUUUAGUGUGAUUUAUUAAGUUACAGUCACCACAAUGAUAGCCCAUGAAUAAUUGCUGGCAAAAUGUAUUUUAUAAUAGUAAAAACCAAAUAGUGACAUAAAGAUUUAAAAGGGGACAUAUAUCGUUUUGAUAAAUUGUGUUUAUAAUUUAACAUUUCUUAUGGGAAAGAGAUUCAGAAUCAUGAUCUCCGUUUUAAAGAACAAUAGUUAACUGACUUAUUUUUUUAAAACUGGAUGACUUUGAAAUGCUAAACUGUCCUGCUUGUAAAACAACAUGGUUUGGGGUGAAUGGGAGAAAAGCAUCACAAAGUCUAUAUCACUAGUAAAUUAUAUUAAGUUC